AUGGCGACUCCAACGCCAGCACCAACAAGCCACACUCCCGGCCGUGUGAGGUUUCUAUCACCCGUCGCCGCCCACACCCCAGCAUCAACAUCCACAGCGUCCGCAACAUCUUCCGCAUCUACACAACCAGAUUCAUCCUCGUUCCUCCUAUUCCUCACCACCCAACUUCAGUCACAUGGUUUCCUCCCCCCCUCUUCGUCCCUCUCUUCACUCCUCUCUCUCCCGGAGGAGCAGCAAACCGUAAUCGAGAAAUGUCUGCAUACAUUAUUGCAGCAGAGGGUCGAGGAUAUGGCUCGUCUGGAAGAAGUCGGUGCGGGCCUGAGAACUGCGGAAUGGGAAAGGGGACGCUGGAGAGCCAGAUAUGAGGAGGAAACAUGUGGGAAAGAUAGAGCAGAGAGGGAAGGCGAGGCGAAAUCUGCUAGACUGGCUGCGCUCACCAAGUCCCUCCAAACUGAACAAACAGCACACAAGCAAACAUCCUCCCAUCUCACCCGGGCACAAAGUACCCUCCAGACUGUGCGAGGCCAUGCCCAAGCCGAGCUACGUAAGCGUGACAAGGAAGUGGAGCGAAUGGCCGAACGAUGGCAGCGGAUUGCGGCCGAGCAGGCUCGGUUAGGUGCUCUGGGAAGCGGCAUGCGAGUGGAUCUUCCCCUAACUGCUUCUACACUUUCCAUACCAACGGAUUCCCUCCUUGAGACUCAACUGCAAGAAACCGAGUCCCACCGCGUCCGACUUGUAGAAGAGAAUGACGCGCUCCGCGCCACCUUACUCGUUACCGCGCGCGCCCUCCAGUCCCUCUUAAACCCCAGUGAACCGCCCAUACUCCCGAGCGCGCUGUUUACCCCUGAGCUGGUGUUUAGUGACUCCCCUGAGUUUCAAGCUCGCAACGCAAGGUCGAAGUUGCUGGAGCUCUGUCACUCUAUAUCAGACCGGCUCGCAGCUCAACCUUCCUCUUUUGCAUCCUUGCAAGCACAGAGCUCGAACGAGGAGCUGGAGACGGCUAAGGAUGAAGUACGAAGAUUGGCGGAGAACAUCAAGAGGGUGGAGGAGGAGCUUGCCGAGGCGAGGGGGAGGGAGGAGAGGGGACAGAGACUUAUGGAACAGUAUGCGCUUCAGGCUACUAAGGGGAGGGCCUCAGACGCUUUUCUCGAUGAUCCAGAUACCACUCGACGCCGUGCGCUGACCGAAGAAGCACAACUGCUGCAACAAGACCGGGCGCAGCUGACAGAAGCAGCCGUCCAGUUGGGCAAAGAGCGCGCGCAACUACAGCGAGAGAGGCAAGAACUAGACGAGGAGAAACGGAAAGCAGCACUGAAGGCGAUAUUAGAGGACUUGCCGCCUACGCCUGUUCCAUGGAAGGAGGCGGAGUCGUUAGUUGCGGAGCUGAGCAGAGGCGGCGCGCGGUUCGGCAUGCCCGGAAUGGGAGGGUGGACGACUUCCACCCCUGCACCUGCGCUGCUGGGCUUCGCACACGCUAUCGACGAAGACGAACUCGAAUCGCCCAGCGCGGUCCAAUAUCCCCCUCCUUCCAUGCUUGAACAGCCAUCUUCGCCCCCGCGCACUCCUUCCCCCAUCCGUGCUCACCGCCGGAGAGCCAAACGUCAAUCUCUCUCCCCCGCCACCUCGCACACACACAAACGCACCUCCUUGGGUGGGUCGAAGACCCGUAAAUCAAACAAAUCCUCCAAACCGAUAUUCCCGAGGAAGAGCGCUCUGGCUUUGAAAGACUAUAGGCCGAUCGUGGGGAGCCCACUGAAACAAGUGACUACUCUCGCGGAAGGGGACUCGAGUGGGAGUGUACGGGUGGCUGCCGUACCCCUAAAGGCGGAGAAAGUGACGAAGGGUAGAAAGGAGAAAGAGAACGACCCCCCCCCUGUUGUCUCCAAUCAUCCCCCUCUAGCAGUCGGACAAGCACUCCGUGCCAGCACCCUCCAAGGCAAUCCAAAUGGACUCCGUGCUAGCACCCAGCGUAGUGCGGACCCGAAAGCAGCAAGAGAGAGCACAGGCUUGAAGGGAGGAAGGGACAGCCUGCGCCUGAGUGCGAGGGAUUUGCUGCCUCUUCCGGGUGCCGGGAGGAGGAAGAGUGUGUUGGGUGGGGGCGCACAGAGGGUUUGGAGAGGUUCGGAUCUCUGGGUUGCUGGUUUCGUCAUCGCCUGA